AUGAAGUUGAACAUUGCUAACCCGGCCACUGGCCAACAAAAAAGUCUCGACUUUGAUGACGAGCGAAAGACCCGUAUCUUCUACGACAAGCGAAUGGGUCAAGAAGUUGAGGCUGACUCACUUGGGGAUGAAUUCAAGGGCUACAUCCUCAGAAUUAGCGGCGGUAACGACAAGCAAGGUUUCCCCAUGAAGCAAGGUGUUCUUACUCCCAAGCGUGUUCGACUUUUGCUCUCCGAUGGUCACACUUGCUUCCGCGCCCGUCGUGUUGGUGAACGUAUCCGAAAGUCCGUUCGUGGAUGCAUCGUUGCUGCCGAUAUCGCCGCCCUCUCCUUGAUCGUCGUCAAGCAGGGUGAGAACGACAUUCCUGGACUCACCGACACUGUCCUUCCUCGUCGUCUCGGUCCUAAACGGGCUACCAAGAUCCGUCGAUUCUUCAACUUGACCAAGGAAGAUGACGUUCGAAAAUUCGUUGUCCGUCGAGAGGUCGUCAGCAGCAAGAAGCCUGAUGCCAAGCCUUACACCAAGGCCCCCAAGAUUCAACGUCUUGUUACACCUGUCCGUCUUCAACGUCGCCGACAUCUCCGCUCUCUUAACCGUCGUCGAAAUGAAGCCCAAAAGGUUCAGAUCGCCGAAUACAAGACCAUCGUUGCCAAGCGUAUGGCUGAACGCAAGGCCAAGGUGGCAGCGGUCAAGUCCCGGAAACGUGCUUUGUCUGUUUAAACUUGGGGUUUCGUACAAUGCAAUUCACACAUUUGAAGAUUGCAAAGUUCCUCGAAGAUGACUUGCGAGCUAUCAAGAAUCUUACCAUCAUACCACCAUUUGUUUGCCUGUAAUCAAUCAUCUAUGCCCUCCUACUGCCCUUACAUAUGAUCAAAAUGCAACGUUGUCUUACUUCCUUGUCAUGUGUUUACAUUGACACUAUUGGGCGACCAUCAAACUAUUUUCUCAUCGUGCUUCUUCAAUAUAGGAGAAGAUUAGACUGCGC